AUAUGGGCUGCAAUUUAUGUGUUACAUAUGGCAAACAGGAAUACUACUCGUUGCUCCAUUGAACUUGAGCCUAGGACCUUAAAUGAAGGCCAGCUCUCUCAAGCCAGAAAAGUAGCUGAAGAUGUGAUGCAGAAGAUGGAACCAAUGGAAGCCUCUUGUCUUUUUACAGAGGGACUGGAGAAUUCAGAAGAAGAGGUGAUCACGGUGUUGGAUGAAGGAGAGGAAGUAGUUGAGAAGCCAGUCGGCUGCCUAGAGAAGAUUGAAGACAUCAUAGAAGAGAAAGCUUGCAAUAUCAGUCUGUACCCCUCAGUCGUCGUGGUUGAUUCUCCAUCAGAUGAUCAACUACUUCAUAUUCACCAACACGAACCUCUUUCUGCUCCUUUUUGAUUGUCUCUGCAUAUCAUAUAUUUGUAAUAAAGCCCCCCUUGUUUUCCCGGCUCUCUUGUAAUAAAUUUAUGAGCAAGCAGAAACUUUAAUGUGAUUAUUUCUGGAGUAGCAGUACUUGUAAAAACUAAUA